GACGGAAGGGAGAAUGACUUCUUCACUUGUUUAAAAGGGGAAGUGCAUUCACAGACUGUAUCCUUCUUUACAAGGAAAUUUUUGUGUGUUUGAAAAGUGACAAGUGUGAUUUUAUUUUGUCAGGUAUGACUGCUUACAAUUCGGCCUCUGUGGGACUAUUCCUUUUUGGUGGUUUAAACGUGUUGCUGCAGCUUUGAUUUUCUUUUCAAACUCUGUCCCUUUCAAAAAGACUGAAAUGGAAAAGGAUUACAUCAGUGAAGCUUGCUGCUGACUUAUCGGUGGAAUUUCUCAACUCUUGCAGGGCUCUGAAUGCCUAAAAGUUACUUUUUUUUCUCCGUUUAGAGACUACUUAAAGGAGCAUUUUGUCAGGAAGAGGCAGCGUUUUGUGGAUUACAAGGGAAGCUGUUGACAUGCUUAAGCAGACUGUUAUUGGCGGCUCUCUGAAAUGAAAGUAAUGAGGGCAAUCCGACAUGUGAACAGAAGCAGUUUUGCUUGAAACGCUUGAAAUGGGAAAUACAAUUAACUGUUUGAUAUAGUCAUGCUGCUGGGAAUAAACUUUUUAAUCGUCAUAGUUUGAACUGGACAGUUCCCCUCCUCGGUGUCUUAAUUUGCAUCUGACUUUGGGAAAGAGAGAAAAAUAAAGAAGCAGGGGGGAAGGGAGUUUAGCAAAAAUAUGCAAUGUGUUGGGAACUGAAUCGUUCUUUUACACUACAGAGAAGCAGUGAUGGAAACACUGAACUAAAGCAUUGACUGGAUAUAUACUGAACAGGUAUUGCCAACACUGAAUAUUAUUUUUUAAUACUUUUGCAUAAAAAUGGGAGACAAAAAUAUUGAGAAAAACAGUGAUACUUCCGGAAAAGGGAAAGCAUCAGGAUCAGAAACAACUAAGUCAAUUUUUGGGAAAUUCUCUGUGAAAGCAUUUUUUGGGCUAUCUGAUCCUGUUAAAACACAGACCCCAAAAACUGAAGAAAAUGCAGUUCUUACAUCCUUUCGACCAAAAACUACAGUGAAUGGCAGUCCUAACAAUGAUGACAACAUCCACAGUACAUCACACUCGAUACUAGAAAAGCAGUAUUCUGACAACAAUCUGGAAAUUGAGGCUGCAAAACCAAGUGAAGUCCAUCAUAAUGACAGGGAACAUGAAGCUUCACCAUUUGAGACACUUCCUUCAAAUUCCUUAGCAUCAGUCCACGAUACUGCAUUUUAUGAUGAAACAGAUCUUGUACGUGUGACUCUUGUCCACACAAUAAGUGACACAGAGUCUGAAGAUAAUGAUGAUGAUGCUGCCAUAAAAAACAUCCCACCUGAAAGACCUGCACCUUCAUCUAGUGAUCUCUAUGAAGUGUCUAGGGUGACUGAAAAUGAUCAAAGCCUUCUUGUGCACCAUUCUAGUAGCACUGCUGAAGAUGAAGCCCACUAUGACAGCAUGAAAUUAGAAUUAAAUAACAGUGAAAAUGCAAGCCCUGUCGAAGAUGGAGUUGAUGCUGAUAGCACAGUUCACUUGGAAACAAGCCCAUGUUCCCCAGUACUGGAUUCUGAAAUCCAUGUUACACAAGAUCAAAACCUAAAAUAUGAAGAAAAUGGGGAAGAAGAUGAAGCAACUAUAGUAGAACAAAGCUAUAGUGAACAGGAUGCUGAUGGUGAAAGACCCAGUGAGCCCAGCAAUGCUAAGUCCAAGCUAGCACCUGCCACCCCGACCAUCACUUCUUCUCUUCACAUUAUCAUUGAGGAUAUAAUCUUACUUCAGCCACAAAAGCCAAAAUGGAAGGACCAUCAGGACAUGGAAAUAAAUGAGGAAAGCACACCAGAUUCUGAUGGUCCUAAAUUUUCUAGUGGAGAGCAAGAUAGAGAUGCUCUAGACACUGCAACAAAUGAGGAAAGGGCACCAGCACUAGAGUAUGAUGAUACCAAUUUUUCUAGUGUAGAGCAAGAUGGAGAAAGUGUGAAAAACAUAAUAGAAUUAAAUGAUACUAUUGCUGCAGAAGUUAGAUAUGGAACUGAAAUGGAUGGAGCACUUUCAGAUGAUGUACUUUCUGUUGAACAUAAUUCAAUGGAGUCCCCUGAGCUAAUUCCGCAGUGUGAAGAAAUGGAAGAUGAGAUGCCAGUUCAACACCACAGAGGCCAUGAAACAGAAAAAAUGGAGAAAGAGGAAUGUACAGAUGAGACAGGGCUGUAUGAUGCUUCUGCUGGUGCUGGUAAUUCUCCUGAGAUCGUAACACCAGGUGAAAAACUAUUUCAACUACCAGCAUUUUUCAGUGGAUUGCGAGUUAUGAAAAAAGGAGCUGUUGGAGAGGUUAAAGAUUCUUUUACAGAAAUCCCGCAAAAAGACCCUGACUUGGCUAUGCUAAAGCUGACAAAACCUGUUCAGAAGGCCAAACUCAGAUCAGAAGCCAUCCCAAAGAAAAAGGGGGAUAAAAAGUUAAUGGAACAUAAAACCAGUUCAGGAUUUUUUGACCAACUCACACAGUUGUUAAACUUGGAUACUCCAAAAAACGAAGAUAAAGGUAGUUCAUCAGUUGAUCAAGAUAACCAGACAGACUCUGAGCUGGCAGAAUCUUUUGAAGAUGAGAACACAGAAGUCAUGUCCCCUUCUGAAGAUAGUAAACCUACCCCAGCCGAGUCUGCUUUGGAUGCACUCAAAUCCUUCUUUACAGUAAGGAGUGCAAAAAGAGAUUUUACAGAUGCUCCAGACUUGGAAUCCAUAAAAAGAAAAAAUAAACUUGAGAAAGAAAAGCUGAAAUCUGUAUUUGAUAGGAUAAACUCGAAGACAGAAGAGAAUGAUGACAGAGGACCAAUGAUGCCUCCGGAUCUCAUUAGCCCUACAGACUCUGAAGACAAAACACCAGGCCGACUUCAGGCUGUAUGGCCACCACCAAAGCCUAAGGAUGAGGAAGAGAAAGUAGGGCUGAAGUACACAGAAGCAGAGUAUCACGCUGCCAUUCUGCAACUGAAACGAGAGCAUAAAGAAGAGGUAGAGAAGAUGAAGGGUGAAUUUGAACUGCAGUUGUUUGAAAUAAGAGGUGAACAUGCUGUAUCAACUGCUAAACUUGAAGAAGUUAUUGAAAAUCUCAAGACUGACUUGGAAAAUAAAAUAAGGCAAGGGCGAGGAGAACCAAAGGAUGCUUGUGUUUCCACUGAGGAUGAUAACUUACCAAAAACAUUUCGGAAUGUUUGUAUUCAGACAGACAGAGAAACUUUCAUAAAACCAAGUGAAGAUGACAACAAGGUAACCCAAAACAAGCAACCACUCCCAAACAAGCUGGAUAUGUCUUCUAUAACUGUUCAGCUUUCUGGUGAAUCUGGACUACCACCAGCACCUCCUCCUCCACCACCUCUUCCAGGGCAUUUGGCUCCUCCUCCUCCUCCUUUGCCACCAGGUAUAGGAAUACCACCACCACCUCCACCUCCCCCACCUCUACCAGGAGGAAGUGCUCCUCCACCUCCUCCUGGUAUGGGGAUUCCACCACCUCCACCAUUACCUGGAAUAGGCCCUCCUCCUCCACCACCACCUUUUCCAGGAUCAGGACCUGCACCACCUCUACCACCUCCUGGGCUUGGUUUUACAUUUGGCAGCAGUUUUUAUUCCUCACAUCCACCGCGAAAACCUGCAGUAGAACCCGGCUGUCCAAUGAGGCCAUUAUACUGGACAAGGAUACAGAUCAAAUCCGGAAGCAAGGAAGCUAACACACUUUGGGACUCUUUAGAAGAGCCUAAUAUACACGAUGUAGAAGAAUUUGAGGAUUUAUUUUCAAAGCCAAAUAUCCAGCAGAAGAAAAAGCCACUGUCUGAGACUUAUGAAAAGAAAACAAAGGCAAAAAAGAUAAUCAAGUUAUUGGACGGCAAGAGGUCACAAGCUGUAGGAAUUCUGAUAUCCAGUUUACACUUAGAAAUGAAGGACAUUCAACAAGCAAUUUUAAACAUGGACAACUCUACAGUAGACCUUGAGACCCUUGAAGCGCUGUUUGAAAAUAGGGCACAGACUGAAGAACUUGAAAAAAUAAAUUCCCAUUUUCAGACAUCAAAGGAAGAUGAAGUAAAGCUCUUAGACAAACCAGAACAGUUCUUGUAUGAGUUAUCCCAGAUUCCAGACUUUGCAGAACGUACACAUUGUAUCAUCUUUCAGUCUUUAUUUUCUGAAUCACUGUCUUCAUUGGAUCGCAAGGUGGACAUUAUAAUGAGAUUAUCUAAGAAUUUGUUUAAUUCAAAAUCUGUGAAAGAUGUACUUGGGUUGAUCUUGGCUUUUGGAAACUACAUGAAUGGUGGAAACAGGACACGUGGCCAGGCAGAUGGCUUUGCCUUAGAAAUUCUUCCCAAGUUAAAAGAUGUCAAAAGCAGGGACAAUCGUAUUAGCUUGGUGGAUUAUGUUGUACGAUGUUACUUGCGUUAUUAUGACAAGGAGCCAGGAACAGAGAAUAGCAUUUUCCCAGUACCAGAGCCGCAAGAGAUCUUACUAGCUUCUCAAGUAAAGUUUGAUGAUCUGACUAAAGACUUGAGGAAGCUUACAAACGAUGUAGAAGCAUGUGAAAAGAAAGCUGCCUCAGUCUGCAGACAAUCCCCAGAAGAGUAUCUGCAGCCUUUCAAAGACAAAAUGGAAGCGUUCAUUAAAAAGGCCAAGGAAGAACUGAAGACUGAGAAGACGUCUCUAGAAAAUGCACAGAAAAGCUUUGAUGAAUCAGUGGAAUACUUUGGGAUCAAGCCAAAGCCUGGUGAAAAAGACAUCACUCCAAACUACUUCUUCAUGUUAUGGUAUGAGUUUUGUAGUGACUUCAAGUCUGUUUGGAAACAAGAAAGUAAAACAAUUUCCAAGGAAAGGUUAAAAGAAGCACAAGAAACUGUGAACAAGAUUACCGCAGACAAGAAAGUUGAAACCAAAAAAACUAAUCCAAGUAGUUUGAAAGAGAGACUACGCCAGAAAGAAGCUAGUGUGACCUCCAGCUGAAACAAAGAUACACAAAUGCCGGAAGUGGGAUUUGGUGCUUUUUUUGCAUUAUAUCACAGCUGCCCUCUGAACGAGAUUGUACUGUUGCAUUUAUGGGUAUCUGAUUCACUUCUAUUCUACUGAGACAAUUCACUGAGGACUCUUCAGUCCCUUGAAGACUUAAAGUGCUUAUCCUCCUCCGCAGUGCAAUCAUUAUCAGUCUGUUUACAUUGUACAGAGGAAGAGUUCCUAACAUAACACUUGAUGACUACUUACUCUGCUGAGAUGUAUCUGGCUGUGGGUGUUGGGGUUUUAUAAUGGUAUGAGAUGCUUCCCAGCUGUAUCAGGAAGUAUUUACAAAUGCAAACUAAUUGCUGCACAGAGACUGAGAGAGAAGAGAGUGAAAAUUUUUAUAUUGUCAUUACAGGGAACUUGAUUCCCUGGGGUUCAAAACUAGUGUUUUGCAUGUAAGUAUGUAUAUAUAGAUGCAUAUAUUUGUAUAUACGUAUAUGAAUUUUUUUGAUGACAGUUUGACAAGAAGUGCCAUUAAUAUCACUUAUGUAGUACAACUGGAGCAUAAAUAUGUAAUUUUAUGGAUCUUAAAGAUUAUUGUAUUUAGGCAGAAAGCUAUUUAGUGAGAUUGGAAAAGAGCGUAUGUAGUAUAUUUUUACCAUAUUAUAAUUUAGUAGUCAUGUUCCUAAUGUGUGAGUGCAAUUACAGAAGGAGUAACAAAUAUCAGUAUUGAUUUUUCCAUUGGCAUGCGAACUCUGAAAUGUUAACUGUACACAGUUCUGAAAAUGGACAGAGCAAUGCCUUAAAAUGUUUAGUAUCAGUUUCUGAAUCCAGUUAAUUUAGUAAAUUGUAAGGGAUUACUCAUGGGACUUCAGCUAAUGCUGGAUGUUUAAAUAUGAAACUGUGUGAAACCCCAACAGAUUUCUCAUUAGGAAUGAGGUUUUAUAAGGAAAAGAACUUGAGUGCUCGGCCAGCAUGCCUAAAAGUGUUUUCAUGCAAACCUGGCAUAAUAUUUGUGAUGCCAUUAGUCUGGAGAACAGCACUGUAUAUCUCCUGAAAAACAAACAAAAAAACUCCACUUUUAGCCAUGGUUGGCAUAAUGUUUCCCAUAUUAUUUUAAUGUUUAUGGAACCAGCAACUUAGAACAGAUUUUUAAAGGUGUUGGUUUGUUCUGUGUCUAAUGACAUUCAGUUACAAAGUUACAGAGCUAUAAAUCUGUAAAGUAAGACAAAUUUGUAAAGAAAGCUAAGCACUCUGUUGAAACACCAGUCUAUAAUGUAUCUGGUCAGCACAUUUGUGCUACUUUGUAACAUCUUAGUAUUCUUCUAUAAGUCACUGAUUCCCUGAGCUUUAGUGUGAUAGUGUAGCUGGUCGUGUUCGUAGUCCAAAAAUAUGAAGAAGACUUAUGCUCUUGUUUAAUGAGAAGACAAUGAUUCCUGUCUGCUUAAAUUUAUUUCUCCAUAUUUUCGUUUUAAUAAGUUAUGUGCACCUUUUUUGCCUACAUGAACAAUGUUUUAUACUGCAUGUACUGAAGAGAAACAUGCAUUAUGUGCACUUCAAAUGUGCUGUCCUGCAUCCACACAAUCAACGGAUGCAUCUAUCAAAGAUUCAUCAGUGGUUUCAUAUGAUGACAAAUUAUGUAAACUGAUUUCCCCUACUUUAUAUUUUUUGGUGAAUCUUUUACUGGAACCACAAUCCCCUUGUCCUCUUUCUUCUGCAUGCAUUGCUAUUUUGGAAAUAUUUGUGAGGCUUUUUGACAAAGGACAAUAUAAAUAUAUAUGUAUACCUGCAUACAUACACACACACACACACACACACACACACACACACACACACACUAGCUAAAUAUAUAUUUAGUGCUGCAUUUUAAAAUUAAAGAACACACAAAUGAAACACCUCUUAGUUUGUAGUUAAGUGUGCUUCAUUGCCACUGUACAGGCUCAUCAGUUAAGUAUACUAUAAAGCAACAAAGACUUGAUUGUUUACUACAUACCUGUAGUUUGUUGCAAGGUGCUUAACUAGUACAUUCCUUUCCUUGUAGGAAAAUAAGGAAAAUAAAAAAAAUAUCCAACAUCUUCAGGGAUACAAUGGGCUAUUCAUUUUUUUAUACAUUCACUGAUUAUUUUACAUUAAAUAACUAGUUAGCAGCGAUGCUGCAAAGUAAACUCUGUAUUUAUUGAAAAAAUGAUCACCACAUCCAGACUGAAUCAGCAUGAACUGUAAAACCUAGUGACAGUAAAUCAUAGUAACCUCAGAUCCUUAGUUUCUGUUCUAGGGUAAUUUCUGACUGGUGCAAAUUUCUGUUAUACAGAUGAAAGCAAUAAUGAAUAUUUUGUUGGACUAUUAUAUCUUGGUUACUACUUAACCACUACCUUGAAAAGUAUAAUAGCAGUUGCCUAUAUUUUAGAAACCUCUAUUGCCAGAGCUGAAAACAACAUAUAACACUGUGCAAAAGCAUAGAUUUGUUACCCAUUUUUAGUAGAAGAAAGUCAUUUUGAUCCUUAUUUUUUUUAAAUGGACUAAGGUCCAAAUAGAAUGCAGAAAAUUGUUCUGUGUCCAGUGCAUACCUUAAAGGUAGACAGGUAUUUUAGUGUUUUUUUUUUUUUUUUUUUUUUUUUAACCAGUAGACUCCUGUUUCUAGUUGCAGAAUCAGAUUGUCAUUUACACCUGUUACCACUGGCAAACACUUGUCAAACUUUAGAACAGCAUAUUAUUUUAUAUAUCCUGGCCUUUCUGUUGCAGGUCUAGUCUUUUUGUUGUCAUGUAGACUGGCAGUGCCAUUUUGAAAUAAAAUGCACUGAUAUUCUUAUUUAAACCGUAGGAAUUAUAAAGUGUACAACAGAUAGCAUGCAUUAGUUAGUAUGUGGAAAUGAAUAGUAUGUGCACUAAUGUCUAUCAGAAUUCUGAAUGAAGCUGAAUCCAUUUAAAGAUAGGGCAUUCUUUCUGCCAUCCUAUCUAUAUUUUGUUGUAUAAAUAGCAUAGCAGUUUAUGAAUGAGUUGCAUUACUGCCAACUCAAUCCUGAUGAGUAAGGAGCACUUUCUUGUGAGCAGUUUAAGGAAUGAUUUACAUCCCCCCUUUUCAUUGUAGGCACAAGUAUUUAUUUUCUUCUGACAUUAUAUUCAGAUCUGUAGUGUAUUGUUAAACCUACAGUGAUGAGGGUUCAGGUUUUUAUUGGUUGAAGCAAACUGUAUUGGUCAGCUAACAAUGUUUUCAUUCAUGUAUAUUUUUGUGUUAUCAUAAGCUUCUUUCUUAAUGCUAGUUUUAGGGAAAUGCCUUUAUCAAAAGCCCUGCAUGGUAUAAAUUGUGAGUGAACCUAAAUUGUUGCUGUGCACCUGACUACUGUAUUUAAGUAUAUUUAUUAUAUACUGUCUGGACAUUGAGUAGAAGUAUUUUAUAAUCCCACAGAUCCACUGUAUUUUUUAAAUUUUUUUUGCUACAGUUAUGCCUUGGCAGGGUCUCCAUGUCACGCUUCAUCUGCGUAAUGUCAGUAAUAGGACUACCUAACAGUACCUGCUGGCCAUCAGAUUUCAGGAGCUUGGGCAAAAGUAGUGUAAUUCAGUCCAUAUGUCUGUCUAGGUACUUGGUGGACUGUGAGACUAUGAAGUACUUACUUUGUAAGGUAUCCCCAGGACUGGGUUUCUAUGAUUUACAUGUUUUUGCCCAUUGAUGCAGUCUUAACAGCAAACAGACAAAUGGAUAUCUGCCAAACUCUUGUUGUUUCUGCAAAAACAUACAUCACCAAUUAAAAUAUCCUUAAAUAACAUUAUGUCCCUGUUUUUUAUGGUUCAGAUCAUGAGUGGCAAAGAAGGUCUGGAACAAAAAUUCUAUAGCUGUUAAUUUUCCACUCUAUUGCUGUUCAUACCAUGGUUCAAUAAACUAUUCUUGG